GAGGUUAUCGUGCAUCGAUUAGAUACGACAGUACAACGUCAAACCGCUAAAAACUUGAGUAACUUUGAUCGUGAAUGCAUACAACUAUCGAAUUCAUAGUUUUAUUUAGCAAUACCUGAAAUGUUGUAUUCGACAACACGAUUAUUAAUCACGCGAUUAUGCUGAAAUACAGUCCAAUAGGCGGCGCAGUUACAAGUUCUACAACCUGCCGUUGCCGUUUAAAAAUAUCGUUAGAAGCUGAAGGAUCGGCGAGUUAGUCUAGAUGGAGCUAGCGAUGCGCUGCUCCUUUCCUCUAUGGCCACGCAACCAAGUUGGAAGCUGUUUGUAGCGUAUGCAUACCAUGCAGUACGUAUUUAAUACGUACGUAUCUUAAUAUAUUUCUAAAAAGAAAAACAAAAGAAUGUUCUACUAGCAUUUUCAUUGCAACAUUGCGCGUUAGUCUUUUGCGACUCUUCUUUCCGAACUAUGCAAGUACCUAGACAAGUACCUAAACGUCUAUUCACUUUGAAAACUAAACUACAGUUACGAUAAUACAAGAUUUAUUUGCUGAGAAACGAGUAGCAUGACAAUAAUUUGGUGUACGCAUAUUAUGAGACUCGAUCGAUGUAUAUCGUCCUCUAUUCUCUCCGUUGUCUGUUGCGAUGGGUACAAACGUGAUAAUUAAUAAUUAUUAUAUUAGAAUUUUGAUAAGAAAACCGAAAACUUGAAAGAACACGUGACAGCGAAUUUAAUCGCGAAUCGGCUAGAAGGAAAAGCGUCGAGGCGAUCGUAACUGCCGAUGUGUACAGCAUAUGACGUAUGCGUUAUUCGUCAACGACAAACUGACCGAACGAACGAAUCAACGAACGAACCAACGAACGAACGGUCGUGCAAGCGUAAGCGGUCGAGCAAGCGAACCGUCAGUUAUGAUCGAUCGGCAUAAAUUCGAUCCAACAAGUGUACAUAACAAGUUCGUAUCGAUGAAACCGUACCGAUCGAUUUUAACUAACAGCAUUUUGACAGAGUGCAAUAUAUUAUAAAGGAAGAAACACGACAGCCAAAGAUAUCAAUGAUCAGCCUAAUCGGCUAGGCGUUGCCAUAUUUGCUCGAAGCAAAGGUAAAGGCGGGAGCAACAGAACAGUAUCGAAAUGACGUUACAGCUACUUUGCCUUUAAUGUACCGACAAUACUUUACUCGUCGCAUCGAUCGAGCCUUUCCUUUUUUCAGAAUAGUUUACCGAUUGAUUUUAGGAUAAAGGAGUCGUAGAGUACGUAACAUCUACCUUCUUCCAAUCGAAAAACCUGAAAUUCAGCCGGAAGUAAGUUCUUAACGGCGUAAACCGAUCGUUCCAACGUCGCCAACGUGCAACAUUUUUUUAAGAGAUGUCUUUCAGUACACAAACCAAUAAAUGGACUCCGAAAUUAAUAGUAAUUUUUCAAUUAACCGUUUGGAGUGUCGUUGGGAUUUUACUUCUUCGAAAAGGUGCAAAAUCUUUACGCGCUAUCGAGGAGACGCUACGAAAUGACACUGCCGAUACACAGGAAAGGAUCGCGAAGCGGAAUGAAGACAAGCUGAUUCAAGACUCGGGUAUCACAGAAAAUCGUCACCGAAUUGCUGAGAUUGUAACUCGACGGAAAGAGGUGGUGUUGGCUCUUGACGGUUCCGAAACGGCUAGGCGAAACGGAAUAUGGUUGUCGCUUAAGCCGUAUGCUCCUCAUCGAGCAGAUGGUAUUUCCGUCGGGAAACAAACUACAAUUGAUCGCAAACAAGAUCCUCGUGGCAUCCGUGCGAUACAAACUUUGAACAUUCGUACGUCUAACGAGAAUAAAGAUGAACAACGAAAUAAAAGAGGAAGUAGCAUCCGUACAAUAGCUACGUCCGAUCAAAGUUUUUAUGUCGAAGAAACAACCACCACAAUCGACGAGGACACGUCAAGCGUAUUGUUUCAGUCGAACUCUGACACUGCUAAUUUCACUGCGCUAACAAGCACCGAUAAGUUCGAAAAGAAAUUACAGCGCACUCCUGUUAACCGAAUUGGCGUGGCUGUCGCUAUAACGAUGCUGGCGAUCGGUGUAGUUAUGCUGCUUUUAGGGCCCCUUAUCGUUAUCCUACGGGCUUACGGCGAUAGAAGGCGAUGUAGGCAAACUUUUUUAAAAUCGAGGUGUCAUGCCGAUCGACCACCUACUUACGAGGAAGCGGUUUUGAUGGACCAAGCACCGAGAUAUUCGACGCUUCAACUCGACACAACCUUCGAAUCUUCCUUCUCCCUUUAAU